AUGGGGUUCGGCGACUUCGAUUCGAUAUGCGAAAAGGUGCCGCUGCCUUUGUGCUCCCUCGUGGGCCCGCCGUCGUCCAUUUCCGGGUCCACCGGGAUCAUCUCGAACUGCUAUGCGCGGAACAUUGAGGUCGCCAAUACUAUCAUCUUCGAAGGUGCCGCCUCGUUCAUGCACAUCAUUGCACUGGCUAUGACCGUAAUUAUGAUCCUACAUAUCAGAUCGAAGUUCACUGCUGUCGGCCGCAAGGAGAUCAUCACCUUCUUCUACAUCUUCCUAGCUCUCACUAUCUGCUCACUCAUUAUCGACGCAGGCGUUGUUCCUCCGCGAUCUGGCCCAUUUCCCUACUUCGUGGCAGUUCAAAGCGGUUUGAUAUCAGCUCUGUGCACCUGUUUGCUGGUCAACGGCUUCGUGGGCUUUCAGCUGUACGAGGAUGGCACGGCUCUUUCGGUUUGGCUGAUUCGAAUCACCUCGGCGAUCAUGUUUGCUAUGACAUUCGUGAUCUCCCUGCUGACUUUCAAGUCAUGGGGUGGACUGGGGCCGGAGAACACGGUCGGACUGUUUGUGGUGCUCUAUCUUCUCAAUGCUAUCUCGGUCGCUGUCUAUGUCGUCAUGCAACUCCUGCUGGUUGUGAAUACUCUGGAUGAGCGCUGGCCCCUAGGUCACAUCUGCUUUGGCGUGUUGGUCUUCAUCAUCGGUCAGGUGCUUCUCUAUGCCUUUAGUGAUACCAUCUGCAACAACGUGCAGCACUAUCUGGAUGGUGUCUUCUUCGCUACCUUCUGCAACCUGCUCGCGGUGAUGAUGGUCUACAAGUUCUGGGAUUCGAUCACCAAGGAGGAUUUGGAAUUCUCCGUCGGGGUGAAGCCCAACACCUGGGAAGUCAAAGAGCUUCUUCCGGAAGAGGAUCGCCGACAGACCGUUUACCACGACAACAACUCGGAAUAUGCGGGCAGCAUGUAUCACCAACGGCAAUCAACUUACGGCCAACACAAUUACUAG